CUGAGAGAGAAGGAAAGCGAACCUCCUAGGUUCCUGGUCUCUGGGAGGGUCCUGGGGAAUGGUGGGAAGAGAAAUGCUGGCCUUGUACCUGCUCAGCCCUGGGCUGCUAUGGAUUUCAGGCUGGAAUAUGGUGGAGGCUGGCAUGAGGCUGAGGAAGGUCAGCCAGCUGCCCUGUGUCUUGGAGAUCCCCCUAGAUCCCUCCGUUGCCCUUGAAAAAGAGCCACGCCUUCAGUGGCAGCAUAUUCAGCUUGUGGUAAGCAGUUCUGAGAGCCAGACCCUGCCCCACCAGGCCAAUGGUGACACCUUCCUGUUGUAUGACAAGGCAGGGGUCCUUCUCCCUCAUGUGGACGAGGCCAUGGAAAAGCUGGAGUGCAGAAUGAACCACUACUUAACCGCCAACACGCAGAUCAUGUGGCCGGGCCUCCCUCGGCGCCAGGCCCAGCUGCCCACCUGGUACCUUGUCACUCUAAACGAUGCAGACAACAAGUUCAGAAUCACCACCUUCUGCUUCCAGCCUGCUGACCCUGCCCAGGGCCCUGGGCCAGCACCCCUGUCAGGAGUGUUCUCCCUUUACACAAAGGCCUCCGACGUCCAGGUGAAGCUACAGGGGACGGUCCUCCUCAGCUGUGGAUUCACCGUGGACCAUACCCCCGAGGCUGAGGCUGUGGACGUGACGUGGAUAUUUCGGCAGAAGGGGGGAUGGCAUCGGGAGGUGCUAAAGUAUGCUGGCAAACAGGGCCAGGUGACCCACCUUCACCAGCAGGCGGAGGCCUUCCCCAGUGAGAUCCCUCGAGGAAACGCCUCCAUUCGGCUCACCAACGUGGGGGUCAAGGACCAGGGCAGCUAUUUCUGCUCUGUGAGCGUAGCCGGGCUCCACGGGCAGCUCAGCAUCGAUGUGGCUGUUGUGGAGGCCCCCAAAGUGACGCUCAGCCCCCAGACCCCAGCCCUGACCUUGGAGGAGGGGGAGGAGCAGAAGCUGGCCUGCCACGUCAGCCGCUACUUCCCACUAGAAGCCCACGUGCAAUGGCUGCGUGAGCCCAUAGAAGGCCGCAUGCUCCCCGAGGCGGUGAGAAAUGUCAUCUUCAGCAAUCACCGGCAGAGCGGCGAUGAAACCUACAGCUUCUCCAGCUACUUUCUGCUGACGGCCUCACGCCGGGAUGAUGGCGUCCGCUAUACCUGCCGGGUGGAGCACGAGGGCCUGCGAUUCCCCAUCAGGAAAAGCAUCACGAUCAGGGUGACAGAAAGGUCUGGGCCGGAGUUGUGGCUUUUCCUAAUCCUCUCUGUAAUCCUGAUAGCUCUGCUUGGGUGUCUUUUGAAGAACUGGCAUCAAGUGAGAAGUACGGGCAAGAGAAAGCCUUACUAGGAAUUCAAAGCAGAUGCUGGGAAAAGGAGAGAGAGAGAGAGACCUUUGGAAGUCAGUGGCUGAGAGCCACCCAGUGCCACAUAAUUAACACAGUCUUAGAACUUGGGCUGGAAAGUCCCUGAAGAAACAUGGGUUCCAGCCAUGCUAUUGUGUGACAACAGGCAAAUCACUAGACCUUUGUGAGCCAAUUUUCUCAUUUAUACAAGGAGGAUAAUGAGACCUACCUCAUUAUGAGUACCUCAGAGGAUUGUGAGGAACUGAGAUAAUCUAUGUAUAGCAUUACAUAAAGUGUUAUCUAUUGUUUAGGGUCAUUGUUGAUAAGCGCAAGCAAGUUAACAUUCAUUCGUUGAGCAAACCUUUAGUUACCAGUCUAUAAAACUCUUUUCCCCAUCCUGUAAUUGUGUUCACCUUGGGCCAGUUUCAGACCUUAUCUGCUCUGCCUUCUCGACCCUUAACGUUGUCAUCUGAUGUAUUAAUUUAACCUGCCAUCUUCCCUGCUUCAGUGUUCUUCGGACUUCCAGGCCUUUCCAUCUGCCUAGGCAGGAGACCUUUCAGUCUUUCUAUUUGUAUCACCAGCACUUGGCUCAUAGUAAGUGUUUAACAAAAGCUUUUUAAUUCAUUCAUCCAUUUUUCAUGUACAGACUUGCCUUGUGAACAAAUCCAUUCAAGCCCACACAUGUGAUCAAUAGAACCUCAUAUUGGUGUCAUGAAAGGUUGCUGUGAUGUUGGUCACGGGCGGAUCACCUCUAUAGUCCACCUCAAGCCCACUCAGUGCUUGCUGCCUAUUUUGCUCAGCUUGGCCCUGGGACCUGCCUCCCCACCAUCUUCUAGCUUCUCAGCCUACUCUGCACCCCAUGCCAAUGAUUACCAAAGCUUCCAUUCAUAACACUGUUUCUAUGGCACCCACUUCUCCUUUUACGGUUGUGUCACCUAACAUUGUUGUUUUUUCUGAACACCUUCUGUGGGUACCCCUGUGGUAGACUUUGUGAUCUAAGCCCUUUUUAACUUUUGGUAAUUGAGAAUUAAAGAAAGCAUGCUGUGUUGAUGUCCAAAAUCCAUAGAAUACACCCACAUGCCAUCUUCUCCCCCACCAGAGCCUCUUAUAGCAUGGUCUGUUACCUUCCCUACAGUGUAGGGAAACAGCAGAGAGAGCCCUAUGGGGCAGUUGAAAGACCCAUGUUCAAAUUUCUCAGAUAUUGACUUGCUUUCUGAUCCUGAGCAAGUCACUGAAUUUCUGAGCCUCAGUUUCCUCAUUGGUACAAUGGGAAUAACAUUGGUAUUGUAAUACCUACCUCAUAGGGUUGUUGUGAGGAUCAAAUAAAAUAAGUAAAGUGUUCUGAAAAACCUCUA